CAGCUGAGAGGAGUGCAGCAACACACAAGUGAGAGCCAAAUGUGUGCGCGCUUCUCAGGAUCCCCCGUAUGCGCGACAGCUGUGAUUUUCGCAACGUCGUCUCCGGAGCAGUUAUGUAGACGGCAGCGGGAGCCGACCCUUCGGCCACCAAUCUCCAUGCUGUGCUGACCUGUUUUGCAGUGUUUUCUUGCAACCAGUGGUGUCCGCGAACUUUACGGCAGUGCACCAUGGCGUCAGUGAAGGUCGCCGUGCGUGCCAGGCCCUUUAAUCAAAGGGAGAUUGACAUGAAAAGCAGUGAGAUUAUUUGUAUGGAUGGUAACAAGACAUGCAUUGAAAACCUGAAGUUUCAGAGCCUAAUCUCCUGCCCCAAUAUAAUAGUGUCGCCACAGGGCGGAAGUGAGGAAUUGGGCCGAGAGCGAAUUAAGGAAUUUACAUUUGACUAUUCUUACUGGUCGGUGCACCCGAGUGAUCCACACUUUGUAACGCAAGAACAGGUUUUUAACGACCUUGGCCAGGAAGUUGUGGACAAUGCAUUUGAAGGCUACAAUGCUUGCAUAUUUGCCUACGGCCAAACCGGGUCAGGAAAGACCUUCACUAUGAUGGGCUCUUCUGACAAUGAAGGGCUCAUACCACGAAUUUGUCAAGCUAUGUACACUAGGAUGAAAUUAGGGCAAAAUUCCGGCACAACAUUUCGUACAGAAGUUAGUUAUCUUGAAAUUUACAACGAAAAGGUAAAAGACCUGUUAAAGCGAGAAAGCACACAGCACAAUCUCAGAGUCCGAGAGCAUCCAAAGCUGGGUCCAUAUGUACAAGACUUGUCACGCCACCUUGUCAUGGACUACUCUGAUGUAGAGGAGCUUAUGGCACGCGGAAAUGCGCACAGGACGACUGCAUCCACAGCCAUGAAUGAUGUCAGCAGCCGGUCGCAUGCUAUUUUUACAUUGAAUUUUACUCAGGCAAAAUUUAUUCGUGACCUCCCGAGUGAAACGGUCAGCAAAGUUAACUUGGUUGAUCUUGCGGGCAGUGAGCGAGCGGAUUCCACCAAGGCAACUGGCCAGCGUUUAAAAGAAGGUGGCCACAUCAACAAGUCUUUAGUCACCCUUGGAACAGUCAUAUCGGCACUAGCCGAGCUGUCGACCAGUCACAGCCGGAAGCGCGUGUUCAUUCCUUACCGGGAUUCUGUCUUGACGUGGCUAUUGAGAGACAGCCUGGGAGGGAACUCCAAGACAAUCAUGAUUGCCACCAUCUCUCCUGCGGAAUGCAACUAUGGAGAAACGCUGAGCACCUUGCGCUAUGCAAACCGUGCCAAGAAUAUUAUCAACAAGCCGACUAUCAAUGAGGAUCCAAAUGUCAAACUCAUCAAAGAACUUCGAGAAGAGAUUGCCAGACUACGGUCAAGAGUCGGAGGGGAUGAUAGUAGCACGCAGGUCAUGGAGAAGCUCCAAGAGAAUGAAGCAAGGGUGAAAUUUUUGACAGAGGAAUGGACGGAGAAAUGGAAGGAAACUCACAAAAUUCUAAAGGAGCAAAAGACCCUAGGCCUGCGGAUGUCUGGCCAAGGCGUUGUCCUCGACUCCGAGCGGCCACACCUGAUUGGACUGGGGGAUGACAUUCUGAGUACAGGGGUUGUCCUCUACCACUUGAAGGAUGGGAAGACCUUCAUAGGCACUGAGAAUGCAGUGACCAAGCAAGAUAUUGUCCUGUCUGGAUCUGGAAUCCAAGACGAGCAUUGCUCCAUAGAGCUGGUGGAUGGUGGGGCCACCCUCUACCCGAACUCAAACUCCGAGUGCUGCAUCAACACAAUGCCUGUGGACAAGCCUACCAGGCUCACACAAGGCUGUGUUGUACUGCUGGGAUCGACAAAUGUUUUUCGUUACAAUGACCCUGCUGAGGUGCACAAGCUUAGAAAGGAGAAGGAGAGGAGGUCACUUAUGAACCUGUCCCACUUGUCUUUUCUGAGCCGAUCAGCGGGCGACAUGUCCAAGUCGACAGAGAGCAUCUGCGGAAAUGGGUUUGAGGCUCAUGAAGAUGGAGGUGAAAAGAUUAUGGACAUGAGCAUGCGCCAGUUGUUGGAAAAGCAGUCGGGCAACCACGAGGAGCACAACAACAACAUCAGCAGCGUUGUCGCUCCGCUGAGCAAAGAGCAGGAAGCUGUGGAGGCACAGCUGUCUCAGAAGCGCGAGGAGCUCAGGCAACUACAGGAGAAGACCGAGGAGCUCAAGAGGAUGGCCGAUGAGGCUCACAGAAAAGCUGAGGAAGAGCAAACGAAGCUUGAAAAAGUCACUGAGGAAUUGCGAAGGCAUCUGGAGAAGCAAGCCAGCGAAGAACAAGGUACAGCACAGAGGAUUGUGCAACUUCAACAGGAGCUGCGCUACCUGACGGCAAAGGAGAAAGAAGUGCGAGAGAAUUUCGAGCAGCUCAAGAACAGGCUUCAACAGGAGAGAGUGUACGUGCUGAGCAAACUUGAGACAGAGCAGUCGCGCCUCUACGACGAGAUCAAGAGCCUCGAGAUGAAGGAGCAGGACUUGAAGGACGCUAUUGCCAAGCAGCAGCAGGAGCUGGCCCGCGUGGAAGAAGAGGUCAGCCAAAAGAAAGAUGAAUACUCGUCUCAGACGAAUCUCCUCCAAGAUGAGAUACGUCUUCUGAAAGACGAGCUCGCACUUUCGACUACCCAAGCAUCGGAAAACUGGCGCUCCCUCCUGUCGCUAAUCUCCGGCGCCCGCGAUGACUUGCCCCUGCCCAAGAACACAGGUGACCUAGAGAACAUUGUCGAGAGCAUCCGUCAGCAACUUGCCGACAAGAAACACGCCCAACUGGCCGAGAUCCACGAAGAGCGGCAGAGCAUUGCCGGGCAAAUCGAAGCCUUGGCAGAGAAGCAGAAGUUGUUGCAGAGCUUUGCCGAUGAAGCAUCGCCAGACGAAGAUGGCUCAGGUGACGGGCAAGGCCGCGAAAGGAAAGUUCGCCAUGGUGCAAGGACUUCUGGCGAAGCGUCCUCCGACGAAAAGGGUGGCGGCGGAGACAAAAUCUCGUCGGACGAGUCAGACAGCGAGGAAGUGAGCACGCUAGUGAAGGGAAGGCUAGCUUUUGUGGGUGAAGAAGUGCGCAAACUUCAGGAAGAGGAACAGGCGCUGGGCAGGAAGGAAGAGGACGUGGAAGUCGGCUGGCGGCAUAACCUCGACACGCUGGACUCGCUGCUUCCAUUGCUCGAGUCCAUGGUUGAGGACCUGGACAAGCUGGAAGGUUGCAUAUCGGAAAAGGAACAAGAUGUCGCUGACAUCGAGAGUUCUGUGAACCAGUGUGACACCAAGCUCACAGGCGUUGUCACCGAGAAGGAAAACCUGGAACAGCAGCUCCAGAAGGUACAAGAUCGCAAAGUGGAUGCCGACACGGAACAGAAGGAGCUCAAGACGUCGCUGAUCAGCCUGGAUGACAAGAUGGCAUUUUUGGCACAGCAGGAAGAAGACAUACUGAGCACGUUGAAGAACAAGCGACAACGAGUUGAAGAGGAGCUCUCUAAGUUCAGCAAUGGUAACGACCCACUGAUUGACGCCCUUGGCAAUGGCAGCCAGCUGUCAUCCCCUACACACGAGAGCUUCCUUCUGUCGUGCUCCGACAACCUCGGACCUCUGACGUCUUCUCCCAUGUCCAACAAGUUGCAUCACAGCAGCUGGGAUCUAUCUGGUCUUGAGGAGAAGUACUUGGUCAUUGAGAAGGAGCUUGAGGAACGGCGGAAAGCAUUUGAUUCUGAGCGGGGAGAAGCUGACAAUGUCUGCCUGAAGCAGCUCAGGGAGAUGGAAUUCAAGCAUCAGGAGGAAUUACUGGAGCUCAUUAAGGAAAAGGCAGAAGACCUGAAGAGACAUAACUCAGGCCUGCAUCCGCUGCCCUGUGAUGGCAAUUCUUCCACUCUGCCUGGAAGGAGACAAAACAUCACAUCUCGAUCUCUGCCCAUUCUCCCAACGCACCCCUACCUGUCAUUCGAGCGAGGCACGGAGGAGUGCCCCAUCAGAAUAUCUAUUCCGUCCUACACGUUGCGAGGAAGUGGAUCUAAUGCUCACAUUGAGUAUGAAGUCAAGGUAGUAGUCAUGGAUGACAGCUGGACCUUGUAUCGGCGAUACAAGCGGUUUCGAGAGCUCCAUGACUACAUGAAGUUAAAGUAUGGACACAAGGUGAUGCUACCAUACUUCCCCCCAAAGCUGCUCUUCGGCAACAAGUCGCAGCGACUGGUGGAGGAACGACGCAAGCUGCUGGAGGUUUACCUGAUUGAGCUCGUCAACAAGUGCCGUCGCGACUUGUCCUGUCCCUUGCACCGAACAGUGCAGGGCCUCUGCAAACAGCACAUGUGGGAGUUUGCACCGUUCUUCCGAAAAGGAUGCUUCGAGACGAGCAAGCACAGCACCGGUUGAAGGCCACAGCAUUUGCACAGCCCGGGAGACAGCUUAAUGCUUUGUGCCGCCUGUUUCGUGCAACGAUAUCAUUCGCACCAUGCCUUGCAAUGUGAUUUUGAAUCUGCAAUCGCGAGCCUUCACAUGUGGUGUGCGGGUAAAGGAGCUUGACAAGUAGGGAUGUGCAAAUAGGGUAGUUUUUAACCACGGCUGGCAUCAUUUGUCAUGCAAAGCACACUCGCGCGUGGUUCGUCCUUGUGAUAUCGUAUAGCUCGUUUCCGAGUUGUUGGACUACUGUGCUUCCACGACAGGUUGGCCUCCAAGCCAGACAGUGGUAUGGCAUUGAGUUUGCUGGUUACGAGCAUUCUUUUGCCAAGGCAAAAGUUAUGUCAUAAGUUGACUGAUUGGAGUCAUUUGUUAAAAGGAUGCUGCAUCGACAAACUGAACAGCAAGCUUUCAGCGUGGCCAAGACAAUGUAACCAUGAAAUUGGUUGUUAUACCAACAGCAUGCCUGUGCCAUUUCAGAUGGCGCAUUGGUGCAGCUUUGGUAAGCUUUCUGCUGUGUUAAGAAACCAGUGUGCAAUGAGCGGGGGUGUGUUCACACCCAACUCUUGUAAAGUCACAACUGUUCCUAAACGCUGUCUGCCUUGAGGCAAACUUAUGCGAGUUCAGCAAGAGGUAAUGUUAGGAGGCCUUCCUGGUGGCCAAGGACCGGCUGUGUUUCCGAGAGCCAAGCUUUUGUUUCAUAUACUCACUUGACAAAGUGUAACCUAGUGCGCCCUCUUUUAUCAGCCGCUUUGUUGCAUCUGCUUUUCUGAAGCCUUAGUCGUGGUGCUUUUGCUUGUGGUAGCCCUGAAGAGCAGUACUGUUGCUGUGUUGGCUUUUAAAUGGUAGUGCCUGUUACUGCAGCGUCACUUGUAUAUUGGUGCCACUUUGCAAGAGGAGACUAGUAUUAACUGCCCCAAAAGUGCAUCUGUGCAUGCUGCAAAAAGUGCAAGGCAGUUUUUACUUGCAUGUCUGUCUCAUUGGAGAAGGUUGUAGGGAGCAUUAAGGAGCGAAGUUAGCUGCUGCCGCAACCUUUAUCAAAUGCAUCAUCUGGCAGUUGUCACUAGCCUUCUGAGCAAGUCGUCGUACACCGUGUAAGGGCUCUGCCGCUUACUUGAGUGCAAACAACAGUCAUUGCGACGUUUUUGUUCCCAUGUGUUAUGUAGCUUUGGCCACGACAUGGCAGCAGCUUGAAGCCGAGCUUAUUUAUGAUGCACCCAACCAUCAAGUCUGAUUCAGAUCUGCAACUAUUCUAGGUUUGAUAUUUUUUUUUUUUUAAGCCAUUUUGGAGCUUGCUGGAAGUCUUACCGUUCUGCCUUCUAGCUUUCAUGGGGAUGCUUGGGUUGCCCUAUUUGUAUAGAUAUUUUUAACUUUUGGGGAGCUUAUACCGUUUUGCAUGAAAGCACAAUGUGGGGCGUGCCUUUUCUUUUUUAUUAUUACGAAUGAGUCGGGCUUGUUGCAACACUCUUGUACAGUUUUCUAUUUUGUUUUUCUUUCUCGGCUUCCACAGAGAUUUCGUGUAUACUAGAUUAUCCCUUGUCUUUUGCAUUUGUCUGUGCUUUGAAUGCCCAUCAUCAGAAUUUAUUUACUCAAACUCCACUUUCUAUUGUGGGAACACAUCGGCACAAAGACAUCUGGUGCGCACAAGAAUUCCUUUAAGUAGUUAUAUACACUAUAGCAUGUGAGCUUUAAGCCCUGGGUUCACUAGUUGCAGGAAGUGAAGGUUGUAAGCUCAUAAUCACCAAGGAGUGCAGUACAGGUCCGCUGCUGUCGUAUGGCAGCUCGCAACACAUUUCCUGGGGAGUCCUGAUCUCGUACAUUGUAUAGUGCUUGGCAGAGGUUAUGAUAAUGUUUAGGUUUUUCUCACUUGGCCAUAUUACUGGCGUACAAGCACCCGCUCAUCUUACAUGGGAGAGGCUUGAUUCAGCACAGCCCAGAUAUUCAUCUCAUACAUUCAUCUAUGCAAAUGCUGCAGGUUCUUCAAAGUGGAUGUUAAAAAUAGGGAGCGUAUAGCAAUUUGCAUUAGCUUGAAGCAACUGAAACUCUUUUGCAUAUAUUUGGUUUUACAGUUGUAGUAUAAAACAGCAUACUCUAUUGUAUCUAAUCGCAAGGUGGUUAUACCAGGCCGCAUUUUAGUCAUUUUUGUUUUAUUGAAUCCACGUCACUAGCUGCUUCACUACAUUUGUAAGAUUUGUGUGGUCAUUGAGUGACGAGCUCACACUUUUAUGAGACCACACUGAGAGACAUAGUUGCUAUAUCAGGUGCCGAGGUUACCCAGUGGAAACAGCGCAAGAGUUUACGGUGUAUAGUCAAAACUUUAGUGCACACUUUGCAGAAAACCACUGUAAAAUCUAAUGCAGUGACGAAGCUUGCUUUUUUUUUUUUCAUGAAACUAAAGAAAAGUCACCAUACAGCUUAUCUCUCACCAGUCCUGUCACAGCACUUUAGUAGGUGCAUUGUAAAGUUAAUUUGCUUCAAUGUGCCUGGCACACUAACGUAUAUAUGUUGUGGUUGGCAUGAAUUUUAUCACACAUUUGCCACCAUGCACAGACUCGUCCGCAUGCCGCAGACCUGCUUGCUAAGGCUUGUCAAUAGCAUGGGACACUUUCUUGCAUGCCACAAUGUAGAGCUUUUCUUACAAAGCAUUAUUCUUGAACAUUCUUGUGGACAUUUGCCUGGUCAUUCACUUGGUCAUCGAACUGUGUUUCGGCAAUACUAAGAGUGGCCCCCAUUUCCACAAUGAUGGGGGACGAGCGACGCUGAACAGUGAUCUGCCUCCUCUUGAGGGGCGUGCGCACAAAAAUCUGCUCAUUCCAGCGUUUUGUCAACAAUGUGUUUCGUUCAACGUGUUAUUGAUGAUGCCUUUUUUUUUGUGCUGCGUCUGUGCGAGUUCGUGUACAAUGUGUGCGUUUUGUUUAUAUUUAUAUUGAGAAGACACCACCCCGCCCCUCUUUUUUUUUUUUUUUUGCUACUGUUGUUCUUGUGAGUGCGCACAUGAGAAAAGAGGAAAAGCGUUCAUUUAACGACUGCGCAACAUCUUGAUUGCCGAAGAUAUGUCUCCACCUGGCCUUAGCCGCUAAAAAUUUAUUUUAACUAGUGGGACUCUCUGGCUGAAGUUUGACUGUUUAAUAAGUAACCAUAUUUGACCAACUGCCACUAUUUGUGAAUGUUGAGCCCUUGUAAAAUGGAAAAUUUAGUCCCUUUGAGGGGGAAUCUGUAACUUUGUUAAAUUUGUACUUACAGUUCUCAUGAAAACUGUAGCUCGUUUUUGUUUAUAAACAGUUAAAUAUGUUUGAUUGAUGCACAUUCUUUGCCAAUGUUUUCACACAUACGCGUUUUUAGUGUUGGUAGUUUUGUGUAUGAGACUGUUUAGAGCUUAUUAUGUUACAAAGCGCUUGCAUUGCUUGUGUGCUGAUAUGUUGAGAUGUCGUACCUGACAAAUUUCACACCUCAGCGUACUUGGCUGAACAUGUGCAAAGCUCAGUUCAAAUGUUUACACAUUUGGCUGGGCUCACAUUUGGCUGGGCUGUAGGAAAUGCUAUAACUGAUCCAAGUGGCUUCAGUUUCUACAGCAACAGACUGUGACUAUACUCGCUCACUGUGCACUCUUGGCAUGGCAUCAGUGCCCGUGAAUGUCAGUAUUUGAGAAAUGUUUGUUUUUUGUUUAGUCAUUAGACAUUGUUGCGGUUUUGGCAUUUGUCAAAAGUGAAUCAACACAGUUGUUGCUUCAUAACGCCUCAAACCCCACCUACCAGGACACUGAAAAUUUUACUUUGCUGAUUGCUCGAGAGGCUUGUUUUCAAUUACCUUUCUUUUGGAGACUUUCUGUGGCUAAGCAAGUAAUUUUGGAGCUUGCACAAUUGAUGAGCUUUUGUCACUGCAAUAUAUGGAAGUGCCUUUUCCUUUUUUUCUUUUUUUGUUUUGGUACAAAUGUUGUUUUUUUUUUUAAUAUGAAGCCUGUUUUGUCUAUGCAUGAAGAUAUGACCAUUUGUACAUUACCUUUCUGCCAUACAAAGUUACAGAAGCUCCUUUGCGGUUUGAAGUGUUUAGUUCUGUCAUCGGUUAUGCACAUGACGGCUGUUGUGUAUUGAUUUCUCGCGACUUCUUUCACGUGAGUUUGAAGGCCAACUGCAAGAAAAUUUUGACCUCAUAAAAAUCGUUGUCAGGCAGUGUGCAAAUUUUUAUUUUUGAAAUACGAGUGUAUGCAUCACAACAAGCUAGCAAAGAAAUGGCGUUUUUAAUAUCGCAACUGGAAAAAAAGAAAAAAAGGGCCACCAUUACCACUCACCGGAAGUGACACAAAACCAUAAUGUGGAGAACCAGAGUGGCUCCUUGCCAUGACCUCCAAGAUAGGAAGAUGCCUGCCGCAUGCUGAAAAACUCGAGAGGCCACGGUCUGUGAUCUGUGUCGUAUCUGCUAACCACCAGGCAAUCUAUCGGAACGGAAUGAAAAACGAAACGCGACAAUAUUUUUGACCCGAACGAAAACGUAACCGAAACAUUAUUUAUUAUUUUGUUUCGGAGUGAAACCAAAAUGUUUUUGAUCGGUUUUUGUUUCAAGGGGAAAUUCAGCAAUCCGAAUCAACCGACAUCAGGCAAUGUUAGAAUUGGUGCGUAUCUCAGGCAGGCAGAGUGCGAGUGAUAGCCUGUCGAGCGCUCCACUAAUCUAAGCCUGCCGCUCGGUGCACUUUAUACUUCGCUUGUGUUCGUUUAAGUUAAUUUUAUCGGAACAGCAGUCUCAAAUUACGGCGAGUACACUCGAUGACGUGGUGCUUCUGAGAUCAUGCUCAUGAUCUCAGAAUUCACUUUUUUUUAGAAAAAUUAAUGCUACGUUUUUAUCGUUACUUUUCUUCGAAAAUUUUUGCAUGCGAACCAAAACCAUUAUGAACUGUUACGGGUCAUUUUUUUUUUUCGUUCCGGAGCAGAACCGGAGCGGAACAUUUAUCAGUGGAACGAAGCUAAAACCAGAAAGAAAAACAUUUCGUUCUGACACCCUGCCACCAGGUGCGCGCAUUGUCUGCUUGGGGGCUAUUUAAGAAUUGUUAGUGAGGAACUGAACAACUGCCAGCACUGCAGCUUUGCCAAAAUUACUUCAAUAAAAUAUACUGCUCACUUGUAACCAAUUUAGCCAAAGUGAAAAUUCCUUGCAUUUGGCCUUUGAGAACAUUGGCUUUGACUGUUGCUCUUUUUAGCUGUAACUGCACUUACUUUGCAAAAGCAUGCUUGGUGCAGAUAGUGAUAGUGCAACAUUGCUUGCUUGUCUGUAUAAACAAAAACAUUGCCCAUGACUCUUGCAAAAAACAGUCUUCAAGGGCAGUGUUAUUGUCUUCAAGGGCAGUGUUAUUGUCUUCAAGGGCAGUGUUAUUGUCUUCAAGGGCAGUGUUAUUGUCUUUAAGGGCAGUGUUAUUGUCUUCAAGGGCAGUGUUAUUGUCUUCAAGGGCAGUGUUAUUGUACUUGAAGACAAAAUUUUGUCUGUCUCAAUAGAGUAAUGAAUGGAGUAUGGCUGUGGAUAAGACACCAAAUUUCACCACUACAUCAUGCCAUAAUGGUAUAGCAUUUGCUGUAGCAUGAUUUGAUGUACUUCUGCUGGAUUUCCUGUGGCUUGUGCGAACCGUUUUCUUAAGGUAGCCAAGUCCCGGCAAGUCCUGGCAUUGUACUUGACAUUUAUAUGUGCACAAAGCUUAUGCAGUUCAGAUGUUGCUCAUGGCGCCAAUAAUAUAUACACAGUGUGCCUACCAGUUUUGUCUGAUCAAAGGUAUGUGCCUUAUUACCACACCUUAGCCAACCCUAAAAAUGUUUGUGAUAAGAGCAAUUUUAGUGAUGCUAAAAUGAAGUGUCUCGAGAUGUAGGGGUAUAAAUUUAAAUCGUCUUUAGGAUUUUGUGUCCUUCUGAAAGUUGCAGACGUACAGUGUGGCAUUGUCACUGGCUUUAGAGAUUGUUUGCGAGUCACAUGCAUCAAUAGCUAUUUCACUUGCAGUAUGUGUGUACAUAAACAUGCUUCCAUGUGGUCUGUGUUGACAGGUUCAUUUGGGUGUAUUUAGGGCAAUGCAAGCUGCUCGCAAUACAAAUAAAGGAGAUUAAAACUAGGGCUAGUUCCAUUGCAAGGUUCCAAGCGCAUAGGAAAUGGUGAGAUGUCAUUGUACAAUGUGCACAUAGCCAUCAACAUGUUCUGCUGCACAAGGGAAAAAAAGGCAAGGUGGCUGCAGCAAGUUGUUUGCCUUCGCACUAGCAAUGGCAUGCAGAUAGGCAUACAGAUAGCUUGCCUUGCGUCAGCAGAGAGCUUAGGCCUGACCUGUGCGUAUUAACAUAGUGCUGGAAUACCAGUGGCACAGAUGUAAACAGCAUUUAAUUGUGGCAUUUUGUGAUACUGUUUCCAUAGAGCUUCCUACAACAAUUACUAGAGAGAUCUGGAGCCAUUGUCUGCGAAGGCUGGACGUAUGGUGGUUCAACCAGAAUAAAAAUUAUGGUUAGUACUUGGAUUUGACUAAAUUUAGUCCUUCUGGCUUCAAGCAGUUUUGUGACUUAGUAAAUUGAUCGUUUUCAAUAAGAUGUUGCGUUAUAAACGCAGAAAUUCACGAUGGUUAUGCAUAUUGUCUUCCUCUAUGCCUUUAGAAGAGUAUGCAUGAGGAUUAGAGGAAUUCAUUUACCAUCCACCAUUCCCAUGGCAGCUUUGCAUCACAGUGCCAGAGUUCCCUCUAGUAAAAUUUGUAGGAAAUUUUAUGGCUGUUCCCAACCAAAUUUUUGCAAAGCUUCUCUCAUGACUAUGGGAAAGGUCUUGGAAUUGGUGUGAACUCCAUAAGGUACGCUUGGCUCUCGAUCUUAUCGGCAAGGAGAUUUGUGCUAUGCGCCAACUUUUCUAACAUGUUCCCGUUGAACGAAGUGUUGCAGGAGGCCACAACCAUAGUAGCUGUUCUCAUCUGCGUCCAGUAUUCCAGCAUUUCAGCAACAUCAAUAUGUACACGCCAGGCUUAAAUCUGCAGGUUUUCUCGAAAUUCUGUAGGUUCUGUAGGUUGCUCAAUACACGUCAUGUUUUUUACGGUCAAGGCUGCAUGGAAAUUGUCUGUGGUGGAGUUCUUUGUAUGAUCUGAGCCAAUUUAUUUAUCACAAAUGCAUUUCUGUUGGCUGUUUCUUUACAGAAUGGCCAAUAAAUGUUCCUCCAUUGUUA